UUCAUUUUACAAUCAAUGAAAUCAGUUGUUCAAUUCUCACAAAAUGACAUGGUAUCAGAGCAUAACCGCUCCGAUCUGUUAUUUCUGUUAAAGUUCUGUUAGCUUUCCGUUCAUCGGAGAUUUUUCCGGUCAUCUUCUUCAUUUUCCGUUCAUCUUCUUUCUCUCUCCGUUCUCUUUCCUUUCUUUCGAUCUUUUCAUCAUCUUUGUUUCUUCUCGUCUGUUCGUAUUUGUUUGAUUUCGUUUCUCUAAAAUCAUGUCAACUCAAACUUCUCCUGAAACUAAUCUCAUCGAUUCUUCAAAUCCUUUGUAUCUUCAUCCUUCCGAUCAUCCUGGUUUGAUUCUUGUCUCUAAACCAUUUGAUGGAAAUGGAUUUGGUGCGUGGAAGAGAUCUAUGUCUAUUGCUUUAUCUGCGAAGAACAAAUUGAGCUUUGUUAAAGGUGAAAUCACAAAACCUAAUUCUGCUCCUCAGCUUGAUUUGUGGCAAAGAUGUAAUGAUAUGGUGAUUUCAUGGAUUCUCAACACUUUAUCACAUGAAAUAAGAGGUAGUGUGAUAUAUUCUGCAACAGCACAACAGUUAUGGAAUGAUCUAUCUGAACGAUUUGGUCAAUCAAAUGGAGCAAGACUGUAUCAAUUACAAAAGAGUUUGGGAGAGAUUUCUCAAGGUAACAGUGAUAUAGCCUCAUAUUUUACCAAAUUAAAAGUGUUUGGGAUGAAUUAGGGGUUUUAAAUCUUCUUCCAUCAUGUACUUGUGGUGUUUCACAAGAUUUUGCAAAAAGAGAAAAGGAUCAAAGAUUGUUUCAAUUCCUUAUGGGUCUAAAUUCAAACUAUGAUAAGGUUAGAGGUACAAUUUUGAUGAUGAAACCUCUUCCUUCUAUUGGACAAGCAUAUGCCCUGUUAGUACAAGAUAAAAAACAAAGGGAAAUUCAUUCUAGUACUCAAUUUGUCAGUGAAUCAGCAGCCAUGAAUGUUAGCGACACCAACAGAUUUCAGAAUAAUAAGAGUGUGGUUUGCCCUAAUUGCAACAAAGUAGGGCACCUGGCUAACAAAUGUUACAGAAUCAUAGGUUUUCCUAAGGAUACCAAGUUCACUAAAAAUAAAAAGUUUGCUGCUAAUGUUUGUGCUGAAAGUCAUGGUUCUGGAGAUGAUGUUUCUAAAUCUACAAGUCCUAAUCAAAUCCUCACACCUGCGCAAUACAAGGAGUUUAUUAGUCUUUUGCAAAAAUUUGCCAACAUCAAUGAUAAUGCUCCAACAACAAAUGCUAUCAACUAUGCAAAUUUUGUAGGCCCCUUCACUGAAGAGGCCAGUGGUUCUAGGUAAACUCUUGAAUGGGCUCUAUCAUUUACACAUCAAUAAGGAUGUUUCACCAUCUCAUGUUUUCUCUAAUUCUGUUUUUUCUUGUAAUUCUGUUGUAACUAGUGAUGUUUGGCAUUCUAGAUUGGGUCAUUUACCUUUCUAUAAACUCAAAUAGUUGAAUCUUUGUUCAAAUGAUCAUAUUAAAUCUCUUGCACAUUGUGAUGUUUGUC